UGUUAUUUUUUUAUGGUUGUCUGUUUAAACUGUUAUUAUAAUACGAUCCCUUUAUGAUGAAAUUUUAAAACAUGUGAUACUGUAACCUUAUUUUUUUCUAGUGCACAUUAGUUAAUAAUUUAAUUAUGGCUAGAUUUAUCUAUAAAAUGGUCAUUGAAGGUGCUCAAAUUGUAGGCCGUGCAUUUGCUCGGGCUCUUAAACAAGAAAUGGCAGCUAGCCAACAGGCUGCUCAGAGACGGGCCACUUCUGCUGGAGCCAAUAAAGAAAGUGCAACACAGGAUCUUAAACACGGAAUUAGUUUAGAAGAAGCGAUUAAAAUAUUAAAUAUUGAGAAGCAGUUAAAUAAGGAGGAUAUCGAAUCCAAGUAUAAACAUUUAUUCGAAGUUAAUGAUAGAAGUAAAGGCGGUUCCUUUUACAUCCAGUCAAAGGUUGUAAGAGCGAAGGAAAGAAUCGACCAAGAGCUAUUGAUAAUGGACAGUAAACAAAAUAGUAGUGAAAAAACAGAAUCACCACCAAGGUAGCCAUGGAUAGAGACAUUACUAGUGAUAUUUAACUAUUGAAAUUAGUCAUUAAUUGCUGACUGUGAACCGUUUUUGAUUGCAAUGAAUGCCUAGAACUAAUCUACAUAUUUGACUAAACCCAAAAAUAGUUUUAUUAUAAAUUGAUUCUGUAGAUUGAUUUACUUGAUUCCAUUUGGAAAGUAAUUAAAUAUUCUGAUUAUGUAAACUAUUUAUGAAAAUAAUUUAGUCUAUGAUUAUUUGUAAUACGUUGAUAUUUAGAAAAGUAAACUAAAUUUUUCCUUCUUGGGUA